AUGCCGGCAGACAGCGUAGCCGCGGGUGUUGAAGACCAGAAUGCAAGUUACCAUGAGGCCGAACCCCAACGCAAGCUACGGAAUCGGCAAUGCAGGGGAUGGAAGUGCACGCAUUGUGGCCAGGCCUUCAAGAAAAGAGAGCACAUGGUCCGGCAUAUCCGAUCUCAUACGAAGGAGAGGCCGUUUGCCUGCGACAUUUGCUCUAAAAGCUAUGGGCGCCGUGACUCCCUGAUCCGACACGCGCGAACACAUGACCGCGUGGGAAGCAGCACCAUUUUGAUCACAGGGCCGCUGAUGCCAUCGCCUACAGGUGAAGAUGCCGUACCUAGCCAUUCGUCACUCUUUCGGCGGUCUGAUAUUCAAGACGACGUGUCGUCUGCGAAUAAUCCCCCAGAUGAAUCAGCAUGCUUUACCGAUUCAAUUGGCUUGGCGGCCGAAAAUAUUCACCCGCCUAAUCAUUGGGCCGCAUCCGGGGCAGAUAUUGAGCCUACAUCUUAUCUUUCUUCUCUCCUGAACUCCUCUACACGAGCGGACACCACUUCCCUUGGUGUUGAUCAGGCCUCCAAUGUUUGGGGAAGUUGGUCAGAUAUGGAGAUGUUCGAUUUUGGAGGCAAUACUUAUGACCCGUCUUGGCUAGUUGGGAGAAGUUUUGACAUUAAUGCUCUAACUUCCUCCAUCUCGGCAACCGGUUCGCCAUGGUUAUAUGGCGAUAUUUCUACUAGUCUCACUCAAAGCCAGCUAAAUGAUCGUUUUAAUGGAGACAGCCACACGGACGAGUCAAUUGCCGACAACAACAACAACAUCCGGACCCUAGUCCGAAACCGAUGGCAUACGAGGCCAGUCAUCGAAUCGGCGCAUCCAUAUGCGCUCAAGAGACCGGAAGGUCCUGAUCGUGUAGAUGAAGCAUAUCGUGCUGGCCUUUCAAGCCGGCUUCGGCCAUGUCUUCACGAUGAUGUUCUGCCUUCUUCCGACUUCCUGAAUAUAUGUAUCAAGCUCUACUUUGCAAAAUUUCAGCCCAUAUUCCCCAUCGUUCACGCCACUUCGUUUCGACCUUCUUCAGAGAAUGCCCUUCUACUCUUAUCCAUCUGCUCUAUAGGAGCCCUCUUCGUCGGAUCAGCUGGCGCUUCUGCUCGUGGUAGGGGAAUUUUUAUGAAAUUGAACAAAGCGAUUCUAGCAUCGUGGGAAGUCUAUAUCUACCGAGGUGGGCGCGAAGCACUGGCUGUGGCACAAGCUGUUGCUCUGGGUCAAACAUUUGGAAUGCUCUCUGGUAAACCGAACGAUUUACUAUUGACUGAAAGCUUCCAUGGCACCAUCAUUGCAUGGGCCCGGCAAGCUGGGAUGUUCCAAAUUAAAGAUUCCCUGCAAGAAACCAAUCAUCUCGAUCCUAAUGAUUUAGAAACGACAUGGAGAUCAUGGUCUCAAACAGAGGAGACUGUUCGUGUGCUAGCGGCGCUACACAUUCAUGACUCUGAAUUCGCGACUAUUUUUCACCACGAACCAUUGUUACGACAUGAGCCAGGAAGGCUACCGCGCUGCUGCACGGAUGAGCUAUUCACCGCCUCCACAGCUGCUCAGUGGCAAACGAUGAUCAAGUCGCUACACUCUUCCUCACCUUCAACCGAGUCGCAGCAUCAUACUUCCUCUGCGGGUAUGGCUACGACCCCAAGCCCCUACUCAUUCAUGAACGCUUAUGUGCUACUUUCCGGCCACAACGCCGCAAUCCAGGAAGCACGGUGUGCAACUCUAAACGAAGCAAUGAUCGGAGACUUCCAUUGCCGUCUGACAACUUGGUACGAAGCCUACUUUCCAAGUAUCCGCUAUCCGAGUCGUGACCCCCACUGCCUCAUGGUGCUCUGGCAUGAGACAUUCAUGUCGCUAUACGUCUGUUUUGAUCUACUAGAACGCGUGAUAGGGCGCGAGGGGUCGUCGAUGAGGGACGGAGAUCUCGCACGCAUCCGCGAUUGGGUGACAAGGGUGGAGGGGCAGCGGUGUGUCAUUCACGCCAUGCUCAUCUACAAGCGUCUGCAGACGCUGCCUAUCAUUGCGGAGCCGGCUAUCCAUGUCCCAAAGGCGCUGUUUUAUGCAGGACUGGUCGUAUACUGCUAUGCCAAGUUUCGACCAGAUGAAGCUCCCCAUGGUGAUAUAGAUAUUCCCGAGCUGCGUACAAGCGACCUUGGACGCGUAUCGGUGCCAACUUCGGCAGAGCCAACCACAGCUAGCCUUCGCCAAUUCGACCCGAGCACAUUGUACAACGUUACUGACCUUCUCCGUCGCCAAGGGCACUGGGAACUAUCCCGCCGAUUUUCUUCGAUCUUAGAGGCCCUGAUUGACGACCUUGCAGAUUCAACAGUCAGGAAUCUCUGA